AUGGCGGACCAAAAUAUUUCACAGUACAAGUACUCGGCGAUGUCCAACCUGGUUCUCCAGGCGGACCGUCGUUUCAUCAGUCGUACCCAUGACGAACCCACUGGAGACCCGGAGUCUUUGGCGGGUCGCAUUGGUAUUCGGGAGAUGGGUGCACAAGUCGCGCGUGAUACAGCCCCCAAAGCCAAGAAGACCGCCCCUUCUGGACUUGAGCGAGGCAGUAUCGGGGAGGGUGAAGAUGUGUUGCUACGCGAACAGAAAAAGCGCACGCGCGGACAACCAGCACAACUGCGGGGACAGGGUAUCCUCUCAGCAGCCGAUGCUGUCAUCGAAGGCCUCAAAUAUCGCCCUCGGACGCCCGCCACACGAGCCACAUACGACCUCAUCCUCACAAUCACCGGAGGCUCCCUGGGCGAUGUUCCCCACGAAGUCGUUCGCAGUGCCGCAGACGCUGUGUUGGAAUUGCUGAAGGACGAGGAGAUGAAGGAUUUUGAUAAAAAGAAGGAAAUUGAUGAUCUUUUGGGAAAUUCGAUGAAUCCGAAGGAAUUCAAUGAGCUCGUCAACCUAGGCAAAAAAAUUACAGACUACGAUGCCCAGGACGACGACGAAGAAAUGCACGACGACUUUGACCCAACCAACGGGGAACUCGAUCAGCGUCAAGGUGUCGCUGUCGUUUUCGAUGAAGAAGAGGACGAGGAUCCUAAUGAAACUCUCAACGAAGUUCGCGACGACGAGAUCAGCGAUGACGAAGAAGCCGACGAAGACAAAUCAGAAUCUGGCGAUGCCACCGCCCCCAAAGACGAAGAUGGCGACGAAAUGGUCAUUGAUGGAGGUCUCGGCGAGAGCGACAAAGGUGCAGACAAGAGCAGCCUGAAAGUUUCGGCUCGCGAAAUCGACGCCUACUGGCUGCAACGCCAAAUCGGUGCUCUUUAUUCCGAUGCCCACACCCAACAUGAGAAAACCGAUGAGGCCCUCGCAAUUCUCGGCGGCAAGGAGGAGGAUGGAACACCAAAGCCCUUGCGCGACGUUGAGAACGAUCUGAUGGAACUCUUCGACUACGAUCAUCCCGACCUAGUCGCCAAACUGGUCACUAACCGCGAUAAGGCCGUGUGGGUGACCCGCUGGCGAAGGGUGGCAGAAGAUUCCGAUGCGCGCAAUUUAGUCGAGAUUGAGAUGGUUGAAGCUGGACAUCGCGCGAUUUUGGACCAGAUUCGCGGCAAGGAAACCAGCGACGACCUUGAGGAGCGCCCCGAGAAGAAGAUGAAGUUUGAUUUGAUGGAUGUCGAUGUUCCUUCAGGUCCAGCUGCAGACGAAAAGGCCGGAGCCCAGACUGGCCCCCUUCAACCGCAAAGGACCAUCAACCUGGACAACCUCGUCUUCCACCAGGGGAUACGAAGAGAUCCAUGUACCACCUCCCAAGGCGAAGAAGGACCCCGGCGAGAAGCUCAUUCCCGCUACCGAACUGCCCGAAUGGGCUCGUGUUGGAUUUGGAACUGCUAA